AUGGUGAGGCCUCCAGCUUGCUGUGGCAAUGCCAACCUGAGGAGGGGACUUUGGACUCCUGAAGAAGAUGCCAAGAUUCUUGCCUAUGUUUCCAAACAUGGAACUGGUAAUUGGACUUCCAUCCCCAAAAAAGCAGGAUUGCGGCGAUGCGGGAAGAGCUGCAGGCUUCGAUGGAACAAUUACCUGAGGCCUGAUCUCAACCAUGAAAGCUUCACGCAACAAGAGGAAGAGAUGAUUGUUAGGCUCCAUGCCGCCAUUGGCAGCAGGUUUUGUUUUUGUAGGUGGUCGAUAAUAGCACAGCAGCUUCCAGGGAGGACAGACAACGAUGUGAAGAAUCACUGGAACACCAAGCUGAGAAAGAAGCUCUCUGAAAUGGGGAUCGAUCCUGUGACCCACAAGCCAUUCUCCCAAAUCCUAGCUGACUACGGCAACAUCAAUGGCGGCCUCUCCAGGCCUUCAGCAGCCUCCGCCGCCGCAACCAGAUCUUCAAUUGGGUCCCUCAGCAGAGACCUCAAGAACGUUGCUCAUCUCUUUGUUAGCAACAACAACAACAACAACCAUCCUGAUCAACAUCAGCAACACAAUUACUCUUCCCUUCCCCCUCAAUCGUCGAUCACAGCCGCCGCCCAUUUCAUGGAACAGCCAGAAGAGAUUCUCCCCAUUACCACGGAGUGUUUCGUCGGCAACAAGGGAGAAGGAAGAGGAGGAGAAGAAGAAGAAGAGUCCAUGGAUCUCAUGGACCAGCUCCAGGCCAUAAAAUUGGUGACGGAAGCGGCGGCGGCGGCGGCAGCGGGAGGUGAAACCAAUUACUACAAUGACGAUGAAGGUAUGGCGGCGGUGGGGGGCUCGCCAUUCCCGUCCUCUUCUUCCUCUUCCUCCACCUGCUCCACGGCCGCCGCCGCCGCGGCCGAGAUGAAGAAGUCUGCUACAACAACAACUACUGCUACUACUCCACCGUUGAGCUUCAGCUGGCGGGAUUUCCUCCUGGAAGACGACGAUGCUGGUGGUGGUGCUCAGUUCCCGCCGGAGAAUGAUGGCGAUCUGAACGUGAACAAUGGGGAGUUUUCGUCUUCAGGGGAUCAACAGAGUUUGGCGGCGGCGGCAGGGGAAGGAGGGAUGUCGAGGGGAGUGAUUGGGUGUUCGAAUUCUGGUUCUGCUGAUGGUGGUGGGUAUGCCAAUGUGAGUUCGUUUGUGGAAGCGAUACUGAAUGAAGAUGAACGGCGUGACGUGUUCCUGGAUUUCCCUAACCUCUUGCAGGAUCCCACAUACUACCAUUAA